CUUUAAGCCCCAGUGUGCGACACAGAGCGGGCAUUCAUAGCGGGGCAGCGCGAGCGAGGGGGCUGGGGAGUGAGCGGGAGCGUCACUUUGGGAACUCGGGAACUCACGGACUCUAGUGCUAAGCGGGCGACCUCCUUUUUCAAUACAGAAGUGUUUACUGUUAACGUGUGGUGUAAAACAGACGUGAAGACAACAUACACACACACAAGUGGAUUACCAGACAGCGGAUUGAGAAAUCAGCUCCCUGAGGUUUUACCAAAUUUAAACCAUUCAAAGGCGCGUAAAGCGUGGGACUGCACCCGUACGAAUGGAAAGAACUUUAAUGUGCAAUUCGAAUAGAAUUGCGGAGAGAAGACUGAGAGUUGAAACUGAUUGGAAAUUUAUAUAAACAAUUUUCGAAUGGAUAAAAUAAAUUAAUAAACGUAUUGGCACAAAAGAAAGCAAAUCUCUACCAAGGGAAAGUAUUGAUUCGGUACAACCCUACGUAGUCACUCCGACAGAAAAGCAGCAGAGCAAUAAGUAGCCUGCUUUGUGCAACGUUUCCAGGAGAAAGUUUAUUAUAGUGAAUAAUAAGAUGUCGGGAGAGGAACAGAGCUUGUCUGAGGUGGAGAUGAGUCCUGGCGUAUCGGAUGAUGGCCACUCCAUGUCUCCUGGCCACUCCUCGGGGCCUGCAGGUGGAGCGGACUCACCUUUGUCUGGACAGCAGCCACAGCUGUCAUCGGUUGGAGAGGAAGGUGGCAGCAGGGUCUCCAUCAAGUCUGACGAAGAGGAUGACCGCUUCCCCAUUGGUAUUCGCGAGGCGGUAAGCCAGGUGCUGAACGGAUACGAUUGGACGCUAGUGCCCAUGCCGGUGCGCGUGAACUCAGGAAGCAAGAGCAAGCCGCAUGUGAAAAGACCCAUGAAUGCCUUCAUGGUGUGGGCGCAGGCCGCGCGGCGAAAACUCGCUGACCAGUACCCUCACCUGCACAACGCCGAGCUUAGUAAAACAUUGGGGAAAUUGUGGAGGCUCUUGAAUGAAAAUGACAAGCGGCCCUUCAUCGAGGAAGCAGAGAGGCUGCGGAAACAGCACAAGAAGGACUACCCGGAAUACAAAUACCAGCCGCGCCGCCGGAAGAACGGCAAGCCCAACUCCAGCACUGAGGCCGAUGCCCACUCAGAGGGUGAGGUCAGCCACAGCCAAUCACACUACAAGAGCCUCCACCUAGAAGUGGCCCACGGCGCAGGGGCAGGGUCUCCACUGGCCGAUGGGCACCACCCCCACGCUGCAGGCCAGAGCCACAGUCCUCCAACGCCCCCGACGACGCCCAAGACUGAGCUGCAGUCCGGGAAGUCCGGCGAGGGGAAGCGAGAGGGUGGCGGAGCCGGAGGCUCCCGUGGGGGCCUGGGCGUGGGAGCCGAUGGGGGCUCCGGGUCAGCGUCCGGUGCCGGCAAGCCCCACAUCGACUUUGGGAACGUGGACAUCGGUGAGAUCAGCCACGACGUCAUGGCCAACAUGGAGCCGUUCGAUGUGAAUGAGUUCGACCAGUACCUCCCACCCAACGGGCACCCGGGCGUUGGCGGUAGCUCGGGGGCUGCCGGGGCGGCGGGCUCGUCCGCCUCGCCGUACGCCUACGGCAUCUCCACGGCCCUGGCGGCGGCCAGCGGACACUCGGCCGCCUGGCUGUCCAAGCAGCACCAGCAGCAGCAGCAGCAGCAGCAGGGGCACCACGCCGCCUCGCUGGCCUCUGACCCGUCCAAAGCCCAGAUCAAGAGCGAGGCUGGCCCGCCGGUGGGCCACUUCGCCGGGGAGGCGGGCAGCAGCGGCUCCCACGUCACCUACACCCCGCUCAGCCUGCCCCACUACAGCUCGGCCUUCCCCACGCUGGCCUCCCGCGCCCAGUUUGCCGAUUACGCCGACCACCAGGCCUCGGGCUCCUACUACGCCCACUCCAGCCAGGCCUCGGGGCUCUACUCGGCCUUCUCCUACAUGGGGCCCUCGCAGAGGCCCCUCUACACAGCCAUCACAGACCCCUCCAGCGUGCCCCAGUCCCACAGCCCCACGCACUGGGAGCAGCCCGUCUACACCACCCUCUCGCGUCCUUGACAGAGACCUGGAGAAGAAGAAGAAGAAGAAGGAGAGGAGGUGGAGGAGGAGGAGGAGAAAGAAGGUGGCGGAGGAGCGGGAGGAAGAAGAAGAG